AUGGCAAGGUGCUCUUGGAUAAUAUUCUUCCUUCUCUCUGCCCUUUUCCUGCAGACAGAGCAGGCAGUAUUUAUAUCAGCUCAUGAUGCAAACAGUGUUAUCAAGAGACAGAGACGUGCCAGUUCCAUACUUCUGGAGGAGGUCCUUCAAGGCAGCUUGGAAAGAGAAUGCCUAGAAGAGAGGUGUACACAUGAAGAAGCAAGAGAAGUAUUUGAAGAUGAUGAAAUGCUCAGAAUGUUUUGGGAUGUCUACUAUGGGGGCAGGAGGUGCUCCUCAAGCCCCUGCCAGCACAACGGUGUGUGUGAGGACAGCAUCCGUGGCUACACCUGCACCUGUGCUGAGGGCUACGAGGGAGAGAACUGUGCUUUUGCUAAAAAUGAAUGUCACCACCAAGCAAAGGUAGGAUGUGACCACUUCUGCUAUCCAGGAAGUGAUUCCUACCGCUGCUCCUGUGCUGAUGGCUACGAGCUUGGGAAGGAUAAAAAGCAGUGCAUUGCAUUAGAUGCAUGUGCAUGUGGCAGACUUCAAGACAGUGAUAACCUUAUAAGUGAAACCAGGAAGAAAAGUGAUGAGCGAUUUCCUUGGCAGGUACUGCUGCUAAACCCAGAAGGGAAAGGCUUCUGUGGAGGAGUGUUGCUAAAAAGUAACUUCGUGUUGACCACAGCAGAGUGUGCCCUUCUGCACAGCCAUUUCCAAAUCAGGGUUGGUGCUGGGCCUAAUGGAACAAGUGGAACUGGGAAGAUAAUGCAAAUUAGUGAGAAGCACAUCCACAUCCGGUAUGAUGAAGACACUGGUGAGAACAACAUUGCAUUACUACAACUUCAAGAGCAUGUUGAGUGUGACAGCUCCCACCUUCCUGUGUGCACCCCUGAGAGAGACUUUGCAGAACACGUUUUAAUUCCAAAACUGGCUGGUACAGUCAGCGGCUGGAGAAUGGAGGCUGACGAACUUCAAGGGGAAGAGCUGCAGGUUUCAUACCUGCCUGCUGAGGACUGCAAGCAAAUACUCAACAUCAGCCUCACAAACAGGCAGUUCUGUGGGCACCUCCAGGAGGCCACAGACAAACACCUGGCUGGAGGAAGCUUUUUGGUUACUGAGUACAAGGGCACGUGGUUUCUGACUGGUAUCCUGGGAUCCUGGCCGCUGGAAGACACUGACUGGGAAACACUGCUUUUCACCAACACUGCAAGGUAUAUGGUAUGGGUUAAACAAAAAAUAAAGUAAGACACAAACACAACCAACUCUCAAGCACCAAGCCCCUACCAAUCGUUGCAAGGAAACAUGGAUGCAGCCAGUACCCCCAUUUGACUCUGCUACUGUUUGCAGCAAUGGAAGUUGCAACAAUGACAUGUAUUUAACUCCAGUUUAUACAGAAAAGCCUGUUUUGUCUUUCCUUCUGUUGACACAGCACUGUGAGUCAUGAUACAGUAAACCUAGUUAUUGAAUUAAAAACUGAUUUAAUUUUACAUUUCUUGGAACUGUUAAUUCUAAAUCUCAAAACAUACUCAAUAUUUUUCUGUGACUUCAAAUGUGGCUAGUACCCUGAGGUUUGAUUCGGCAAAUUCAAAUUCUUAUUUCAGGAUCCAUACAAGUA